AAAGUCGUGCUUAACCAAGUCAAAGUCUUGCAUUUAAGCAUGUGAACACUCCCCCAAAAAAGAAAUUAAAAAAAGUCCCGCUUCCCCAUUUCCUGUUUUCCCACUCUUUUGAUUCUCUCGAUCGUCUUCCUCCUAUCUUUCCACAUAGUGUUUGACAGAAUCCCUGAACACUAACUUGCACACCCAGUGCACCUUCCCCUAACCUUCACCCCCUAAAGCACUACCCCACCACGUGUUACUAAAACCCCAUUUUCCUUAUUCUCACGACACACCCACUACCCUCCGCGCAUUCUAGUACCCACCACACAUAACUCUCCACCCACUUAACUCAUCCAAAACCUUAGAACCCCUUAGAAAUGGGUUUCGCCGGAAUUUCUCUCUCUCUAACCUUAAUCUCUCUUCUCGCCGUUACGCCACCGCCGACGACGGCUCAGAAUUCUAAGCCAUUCAUCUGCACUUCCAAUCACACCUGCAGCGCACUAAUCGACUACGUCUUGCCCAACAGCACCACUCUCGCCGCCGUCAAAACCCUCUUCGGCGUCAAGAAUUUCCGCGCCCUCCUCGGCGCCAACAACCUCCCUCCCACCACCCCAACCAACCAGUCCGUGCCCGCGAAUCAGACGAUCAAAAUCCCCUUCCCCUGUCUCUGCAGAAAUGGCACCGGAAUAUCCAACCACCGGCCGGUGUACAAGGUGGUUCCGGAGGACGGCUUGGACCACAUCGCGAGGGAUGUGUUCUCGGCGCUGGUGACGUUUCAGCAGAUCCAGGCCGUCAAUGGUAUCCCUGAUCCCGACAAGAUCAACGUCGGGCAGGAGCUGUGGAUCCCACUCCCGUGCAGCUGCGAUGAGGUGGAGGGACAGAGCGUCGUCCAUUACGGACACGUGGUGGUUGCUGGGAGCUCGGUGGAUGGGAUUGCACAGCAGUUCAAUACCACCUCGGACAUUCUACUGAAGCUCAAUGGACUCACCGAUCCCAACCAGCUUCAAGCCGGUACUGUUAUUGAUGUUCCUCUGAAAGCUUGUACAUCGGUGGUAAGCAGUACCUCACUGGACUACCCUUUACUUGUCUCCAAUGGCACUUACGUCUUCACCGCUACCAACUGUGUGAUGUGCAAGUGUGAUUCUGCAAACAACUGGACAUUACAAUGUGAGCCAUCUCAGGUCAACUCCUCCUCCUGGCCUUCAUGCCCGGCCUCUCAGUGCCAAGCAACAGAGAGCUUGUACCUUGGUAAUACCACAACGACAGGUUGUAAUCGUACAACAUGUUCCUAUGCUGGUUACAAUAACCAAACCAUCCUCACAGAUCUUGCUGUGGAAUCCACUUGUCCAGUUUCAGCCAAUAGUUCUCCGAAGUUGAGUUUGCAAGGUUGGAAUUGGAGGACCCUUAUCAUCUCCAUCCAGUUGGUGUUGCUUUGUCUUCAUCUUUUGUAAUAAAAUUUUAUGUAUAUUUUGUAUGGUUUAUUACUCUUUUCUUAGUGUAGGAUGGGAAAAAAAUUGUUGUAAUAUCAUCUGCCUUUUUCAUUAGUAUUAAUUAGUGCAUGAGGCAAAUUUUCUCAUUGACUGCUUAUAGAGUUUGUCUCAAAGACUAUAAAUAAUACUCAAAAAAUUGAGGGGGUUGCGAAACCAGUUUUCUUAUUA